ACGCCCCUGUGGUCCCUUUGCUGCACCGUUCUCUUCCUCAUGGAUUCCAGUGAUGAGGCCCUUGACAUCAUUGUCACCAACGUGGUGGCAACAUUCAGGACCAGAUGUCACCUUAACCUGCGCACCAUUGCCUUAGAGGGAACCAACGUCAUCUACAAGCCUGAAGUAGGGAAAGUACUGAUGAAACUUCGUAAGCCCAAGAUAACGGCCUCAAUAUGGUCCUCAGGGAAAAUAAUCUGCACUGGCGCAACAAGUGAGGAUGAGGCAAAGCUUGGAGCUCGCAGGUUAGCACGCUGUCUGCAGAAACUGGGUUUCAAGGUGAGGUUCUCCGCGUUCAAAGUCGUGAACGUGUUGGCAGUGUGCUCCAUGCCGUUUGCAAUCCACCUGGUAAACUUCACAAACAACAACCGGCCCAUUGCCAGUUAUGAACCGGAGCUCCAUCCUGCUGCGACGUACAGGAUCAAAAAUCUAAAGGCAACCAUACAAGUGUUUUCUACAGGCAGCAUCACAGUCACAGGACCAAAUGUGCAGAAUGUGGCCACAGCCGUGGAGCAGGUGUACCCACUUCUGUUUGAGUGUCAGAAGCCCCUCAACAAGAGAAAGGAAUGA